CCAACAGCCGCGUACCACGCAAUGGCCGCCUCCAAAGCUGCCCGCCUGGGCGAAGAUGUGUGGAAAUCCCCCCGCACGGAGAAAAUCAACCUCGAAGUCCUCACCCUCACCUACGGCACCCUCGUCGCCCAACUCUGCCGUGACCUCACCCUCCCCUCCACCACCUCCAAACCCGACUACGCCGCCGUCAACACCGAACUCGACCGAAUGGGCUACGCCAUCGGCCUGCGCCUGAUCGAGGACUUCCUCGCCCGCACCAACAGCGGGACGUGCAGCAACUUUCGCGAGACGGCGGAGGUGAUCGCGCGGGUGGGGUUCAAGGUGUUCAUGAACAUCACGCCGACGGUGACGGGGUGGAGUCCGGAUGGGCGGAGUUGUAGUUUGGUAUUUGAGGAGAUGCCGUUGGCGGACUUUGUGGAACUGCCGGAUGAUGGGCGCGCGCAGGAGGAAUUGUGGUUUGGGAAUUUGAUUUGUGGGGUGCUUCGGGGGGCUUUGGAGAUGAUUCAGAUGCAGGUUGAGGCGCACUUUGUCAAGGAUGUGCUGCGUGGGGAUGAUACGACGGAGAUGCGGCUGACGCUUGUGCGGUAUCUUGAGGACGAGAUGCCGCCGGACGAUGAGUAGCGAGUUUUGAACGAUUAUGAUGCGAAGAAGAAGCGACGGCGCGGCGACAUUCCUUGCCCGUCGGUAACGACUCGGUUUGACAGCAGGACGUGCACCUCGAGCGCGAGGCUGCAUUGACGAUGUUAAGAAAUGCUCUAAGGUUGAUCACUACGCGGGCCAAACGAGAAGAGCAGCGUUGACUGGGUGCACUUGGACGAACUCAAGAAGCAUGUCUGAGCGUCAACUCUAAGUGCAAGAACAGAGACCGCAACGCUGCCUAUGCGGACAACGACGUCGUUCGCAUAUAUCAGUGACACACCUCAGCUAGUUAAGGCUUGCAUGCUGGGUUGCUCCUAACAGCACAGCGAUUAAGAGCUAUCGCACGCGCAGAGAUAUGUAUGCAGAGAUGGAUGUUGCAGUUUUUUGGCAACAAGCCAAUCGGCAGUCGCGAUC